CGAGGCGAAAGUCCAAUACGAAAUGGUUCUUCGGAAAUGGUUGGACCUGAAACCAGGCCUGGAAUUCCGAUGUUUCAUCAAGAAGAACAAAUUGAUAGGUAUUUCUCAGAGGCACCCCUGUGAUUUCUUUCCAUUUCUUGGAAAGGGCAACGGAGCCAUUUUGGAGGACAUCAAACUUUUCUUUUACAAUAAGAUUUAUAAACAGUUUCCGGACGAAAAUUAUGUGUUUGACGUAUACAGGAAGUCUGAGCAUAAUAUUUUGUUGUUGGAUUUUAACCCUUUUGGUCCAGUAACAGAUGGACUGUUGUUUGAAUGGGAGGAGCUGGACAGCUGGCCUGAUGGCGACUCUGCAAGCGAAGAGGUCCCAGAGCCGGUUUUUCGUUUCAUCGAAACAGAGAUGGGUGUGAAACCGAGUCCAUACCAGCAGCACGGUAUGCCCGUAGACAUGGUCGACCUGGCCGCGGGAACAGACCCACACAAACUCAUAGAUUUUUUACAAAUGAAAAUACAGUCCCAGCAGGACGACUCAUCAGGUGAAGAUGACAGCAGCGAUGACAAACCAGAGGAAGACAUGUCAAACGUCUUAGCAAAGAGGACAGAUGGUGACAGCAAAGACAUUGACAAUUCAGAUUCAAAGACUUGCACUGCAGAUUCAGCAACCAUCAGUUGA